AUGGCGGACACAGAGAAGCGAAGGUUGUGUGACAUGGAUGCGGAGGAAUUUAUGAUGCACGGCUUUGAUUCAGACCUCAGUGACGACGAAGAAAGCUUGCCGGAGGAUAACACAUUAAGUCCUUUACCUGGAAAAGUUCCUCAAAAUGGUGCUCGUUUACCCACAAAAAAAUCUAAAAGUGCAGACCACAAGAAACAGUUGGAAAAAUUACAAGAAAAGGAUCCUGAGUUCUACAAGUUCUUGAAAGAAAAUGAUAAGGAGUUGUUGGAAUUUAACGACUCAGAUACUGGCUCAGAAAUGGAAGGAAGUAAUGAUGGCGAUGGUGAUAUGGAUGAGGAUUAUGACGAGGAAAAUGAAGAAGACAGCGAUGAUGAUGAUAAAGGAAGGAGUGAAAGUGAAGCAAAGAGAGAUGGGUCUGAUGACAGUGAAGAGGAUGAUGGCCUGGAUGAUAGAAAUGAAGAAAAUAAAGAUGCGAAUGAAGGCCAAAAAGUUUCUUUGGAUAUGAUCAAAGGAUGGAGAGCAGGACUAGAGAAAAAUUCACUUCAUGCUCUGAAAAAAUCUCUGCAAGCAUUCCGUUCUGCUGUACACGGGGCCCUUGGUACUGUUGAUGACAGCAAAACACAGACACCCUUGAAAUUCAAAGUAGAGGGAGAUACAGUGUUCAAUGCCAUUGUUCAGCUUUGUUUGAAACAUGCUUACUCAGUACUGUUCCACCAUGUUGGAGGGACACACAAUAGACAUGGAAAGAGAGUUCUACCCUCUUCACACACAAAGUGGUCUCAAGUGAAGACACCUUUAAAGCACUAUCUUAGUGAUGUCCUACAGUUGUUGCGGACCCUCACAGAGCCAUCCAUGUUGUGUGUAAUUCUGCGACAUGCACAGCAAUUAACGCCAUAUUAUGCCUGCUUUCCCAAAGUGGCCAAGGCUUUUAUUAAGCGUCUUGUUAGGAUGUGGAGUGGCGGUGAAGAACACGUCAGAGUCCUUGCUUUUCUAGGGAUCAGAAAUGUUUCCACCAUGAUGCCUGCUGCACUUCUGGAGUUUACUGUUAAGCAACUGUACAUGAAUUUUGUGAAGAAUGCAAAGUUUAUGUCGCCAAAGACCAAGCCCGUCAUCGCGUUUAUGCAGAACUCGCUUGUGGAGAUAUUUAGUUUGGAUGAACAUCUUAGUUAUCAGUAUGGAUUUGUGUAUAUCAGGCAGCUUGCCAUUCAUCUUAGGAAUGCCAUUCUGCAGAAAAAGAAGGAUUCAUACCAGUCAGUAUAUAACUGGCAGUAUAUUCACUGUCUUCAUCUUUGGUGUCGUGUUAUAAGUGAAGUGAAGGGCAGUGGAGUACUCCAACCACUUAUUUAUCCUUUGGUUCAAACAAUCAUCGGAGCAAUCAAGCUCAUUCCUGCGGCAAGAUUUUAUCCUCUGAGGUUUCACUGUGUUCGUUCCUUGAACCUUCUAUCACAGGCCACAGACACUUACAUACCGGUUGCACCAUUUUUAUUAGAGAUCUUAGAGUCAGUCGAAUUCAACAAGAAAGUCAAAAUGUCUACAGCAAAGCCAACAGAGUUCUCUUGUAUACUGAAAGUUUCUAAACAGCAGUUGGGUACCAAGCCUUAUCAGGAUGCAGUUAUGGACCAUAUCUUUGAAUUGCUGUUAGAGUUCUUUUCUAUACAUGCGCACUCGAUAGCAUUCCCAGAAGUUGCCCUCCCUGCCGUGUUAAGGCUAAGAAAGUUUAUUAAGACAACAAGCGUUCCAAAAUACCGGAAGCAGUUCAAGCAACUCGUUGACAAGAUUGAGGAGACUUCCACGGAAGUAACAAACCGACGAUCUAAAGUGUCUUUUAGUCCUAAAGAUUUGGAGGAAGUGGAAAGAUGGACGGCUCAAUACAGACAACAGCCAAAUAGUAUUGUGAAGUUUUACAAGACUUGGAAGACAAUGAAACCGUCCAUACAGCAAGAGGAUAGGGAAAUAGAAACUGGAAAUGGAGAGAACGAGGAAACAUCUGACGGGGAAGAAACAAAAGCGGCGUCAAAGAGGAAGAGAAAGCAUCAGAGCUCUGAAAAUAAGAAGGAACAAGAGAAAGAUAAAACGAAGAUACGGAAGGCUGUUAAUAAAACUACUUCUGAAAACACUUCACACACGAUGAACAUAACUAUGGAUGCAGACGUGGAAGACAUUGUAGAGGAUUUCCAAUUUUCAUCUGAUGAAGAUUAGUGAAGGCUCUGUACAGAAACGUACAGGAAAAAGUCAUUGUCCAAUUCAGGCUCUGCCUUUAAUAAUUUGAGAGAAAAGAAUUGAUCGACGCAUGAGCUUUGUGUCGACUUUCAACUACAGAGAAAGAUCUUAAUGUCGUCCGCCUCCUUUCAAGAAAAAAAUCAGGCUGAUAACAUGCUGAUAUUCUGUAUUCACUUGUAUUUUAUUAAUGAUAACAAAAACAUUAAAUAAAGGAGAUUAAUUUACAGAGAC